CGCUACCGUUUGUGUAAAUCCGUGUCUCCUUCCUCGUAUAUUCCCUUCUUCAUCGCGUUUCCCCUUUUUUCUGUUUGGCUUCGACGGUCUUUCCCCCAGAUCUUCGCCCCAAAACCUCCUGGCGAUCUGCAACCAUUUCUCCGCCGAUUUCGCUGCGCAAACGCGGAUUUCUUUAGAUUUUUGGUCUCAAUUUGGUGGAAAUCUGGAUUUCUUGAGGCGACUCGGUGUUUCUUAGUGGUGGUGGUGGCGGAGGGUUUAGGGUUCCGGCGGGGAUGGUGGCGAGGAUGAUGAGGUGGCGGCCGUGGCCGCCGCUGAUGACGAAGAAGUUCCAGGUGAGGAUGGUGGUGCAGCGGAUGGAGAGGGUGGCAGGGGUGGAGGAGGAGGAGGCGGCGGCCGUGAGGGUGACGGCGGAGGUGCGAUGGAAGGGGCCGAAGGGGAAGCUGAGCUCGCUGCGGCGGUCGGUGAAGAGGAACUGCACGAGGGAAGAGGAGGUGAGGGAUGGGGCGGUGGAGUGGAACGAGGAGUUCGAGAGCGUGUGCACGCUCACGGCCCACAGGGAGAACUCCUUCCAUCCAUGGGAGAUCGCCUUUGCAGUCUUCAAUGGCUUGAACCAGGGAUUGAAAAACAAGGCAUCUGUUCUCGGAAUGGCUUCCUUGAACCUGGCUGAGUUCACAUCUUCAGCUGAACAAGAGAUUGAGUUGAACCUUCCAUUGUUGCUGCCUGGUGUUGCUAAUGAGUCUCCUUCAUCACUUAAUCUGGUUCUUAGUGUUUUGGAAUUGAGAGCAUCCCAAGAAUCGCCAGAGAUGGUACAGAGGCCUAUGGUGCCUGCUCCAUUGUCACCUACUACCGGAGAUGCUCUCUCUUCAGACAAAGAUGAGCUUUCUGCUCUUAAAGCUGGAUUGAGAAAGGUGAAAAUUCUUACGGAGUUUGUGUCGACUCGGAAGUCUAGAAAGACAAUCCAGGAUGAUGAAGGUAGUGAGGGCAAGUGCUCUGCUAGGAGUGAUGAUGCAGAAUACACACACCCAUUUGACACGGACUCUGUUGAUGAUGAUCUUGAUGAAGGAGAACUAGAAGAUGACAAAGAGGACUCCAGUAUUAGGAAGUCAUUCAGUUAUGGCACAUUGGCAUCUGCUAACCAUGUUGGGAGUUCAUUGUACCUUGACAUGAGGACAGAUGGAGAAUAUGAAGACUGGGUCUACUACAGUCAUCGAAGAUCUGAUGUGGGUUAUUCACAUGCAGAGGAGCUGACAUCAUCUGUCCCUGAACAAUCUAUGUUGCAGGCUUCAAAUUGGAGUAUUCUCCCAUGGAAAAAGAGGAAGCUAAGUUUUAGAUCUCCCAAGGCCAAAGGGGAACCCUUGUUAAAGAAAACAUAUGGAGAAGAGGGAGGGGAUGACAUUGACUAUGACCGUCGGCUGCUGAGCUCCUCUGAUGAAUCUCUUUCUGAAGGGAGGCAAAAAGUGGACGAAUAUGGUGUUAUGAGCUCAUCAGUUUCUGAUUUUGGUGAUGACAAUUUUGUGGUUGGUAGCUGGGAGUCAAAGGGCCUAGUGAGCCGUGAUGGUCACAUGAAGCUUUCCACCCAGGUCUUCUUUGCGUCUAUCGACCAGAGGAGUGAGCAAGCGUCUGGUGAGAGUGCAUGCACAGCUCUAGUUGCUGUAAUUGCUGAUUGGUUUCAAACCUACCAGGAUACAAUGCCUAUCAGGUCUCAGUUCGACAGCCUCAUUCGAGAAGGUUCUAGCGAGUGGAGGAACCUCUGUGAGAACCAGACAUACCGGGAGUGCUUCCCUGACAAGCAUUUUGAUCUUGAAACAGUUAUUCAGGCAAAGAUCCGCCCGCUCUCUGUUGUUCCAAGGAAGUCUUUCAUCGGGUUCUUUCAUCCUGAAGGCAAUGAUGAUACCAGUGGCUUUGAUUUCCUGCAUGGGGCCAUGUCUUUUGACAGCAUCUGGGACGAGAUCAGCCAAGCUGGGUCAAAUUUUCCCACUGUCGGUGGCCCUCAUCUCUACAUAGUGAGCUGGAACGAUCACUUUUUUGUUCUAAAAGUUGAACAUGAUGCCUAUUACAUAAUAGACACACUUGGUGAGAGGCUCUAUGAAGGGUGUGACCAGGCUUACAUCCUGAAAUUUGAUGGAAGCACAACAAUUCGCAAAAUUCCUGGUGAGAAGAAGACUGCUAACGGUGAGACCACAGGAGCUGGUAAUGAUGGUGUGGAUGGUUCAACAGGAGAGCAGCAGAGUGUAAAUGGUGCUUCAGAGGGGGAGCUUGUCUGCAAGGGGAAGGAGUCCUGCAAGGAGUACAUCAAGAGCUUCUUAGCUGCAAUUCCAAUUAGGGAACUGCAGGCUGAUAUUAAGAAGGGGCUGAUGUCUUCGACACCUCUCCAUCAUCGACUCCAGAUUGAGUUCCACUACACGGAGCCAUCCAAGGAGGUGAGUACAGCAGCAUUGCCACUAGCAGCAGCAGAGGCAGUUCCUGAGUUUUCAUGGCCAUUGGAGCUGGUAGCAGCAUUUAACAUAACACCUGAAGUUGUAAUUGUAUAGAGAAUGGAUAGUGAGUGCUUGGAGGAGGGCUGGCUGUCCUUUGUUUAACUUGGAUUAAAGUCACAUAGCAGGUAGCUGCUUUAUUUGAGAUGGAUGGGUUAAAGCGAGAGAGCCCAUCAAAGAGUGGUCCUAUCUUUUCUAUUUUUCUUUUUCUUGAAUUGUUUUUAGCUGAUUCUGUGCUCUUGUUAAAUUGUCUAACCCUAGUGUCCGACAAACUGUAGUGGUGUGUUAGUAUCCUUUGUUAAUGGACGGACUCAAUGUUUACGACUUGUACAAGCUGUUGUUUCUUAAAGUUUCUUUACUGAUACUGUUUGGAA